AUGGGUAAAGUUUCAAAAGCUACCAAGAAGUUUCAAUCGAAGCAUUUGAAGCACACAUUAGAGCAUAGAAAAAAGAUAAAAGAUCACAAAAGAAAGACUCAAGGCCGUCGUGGUAAUAAGUCUGAAGAAGAGAAAAGAGAAGGUGCGUUGACCAAGGAUGAUCAAAAGUUAAAGAAAUCUUCUAAGGAAGAAGUUUUCAAAGAUAUGUCUGUCGAAAACUUCUUCGAAAAGGGUAUUGAACUUCCAAAGGAAAACAAGAAAUUGAAAAAAAUUAAAGAAUCUAAAGAAAGUGAAGAUGAUGAGUCUUCUUCUGAAGAAGAAGGUGAUAUGGCGGCUAACAUGGCAACUCUAUCCAAGGAAGAUCCUGAAUUCUAUAAAUACUUGCAGGAAAAUGAUAAAGAUUUAUUAGAUUUUGCUGCAUCUAACCCAUUAGACGCCGCUGAUGAAGAUGAUGAAGGAAGUGGAGAAGAAGGCGAACAAGAACAACUAGAGCAAGGACCAGAAAAGGUUGAAUUAACAUUAAAGCUUGUCAAAAAGUGGAAGAAAGAUUUACGCGAAAGCCCAAGUUUGAAGCUUCUAAGAAAUGUAGUUACUGCAUUCAAAGUGGCAGUUAAUUUAAAUAAAGAUGAAAAUGUAGAAGAUUAUAAAUACACGGUCACUGAUGAAAGAGCCUUCCAUGAAUUGAUGUUCGUUGCUUUGAAAGAUUUACCUCAAGUAAUUCAAAAGAUGGCUCCGUACAAGACAACAAAGGGAUCAAGAACAUUACCGGGUGGUGCAAAUGUUUCCAAGAUUUCAUCAAUCGUGAAAUCUCAUUCUGCUUCUCUAUUAGUUUUAUUGAAUGAUAUAACAAAUACAGAAACUGCUGCAUUAAUCCUUCAUUCUGUCGACCAGUUGAUGCCAUACUUGUUAUCAUACAGAAGGGUCAUAAAAGAAUUGAUUAAAAAUAUUGUUGAAAUCUGGGCUACAACUAGAGAAGUGGAAACUCAAAUCGCUUCAUUUGCCUUCCUACAUAGUGCUUCUAAAGAAUUCAAAAAAUCCAUCCUUGAAGUUGUGUUGAAGACUACUUACUCAACUUUCAUUAAAAGUUGCCGUAAAACCAAUUUAAGAACAAUGCCAUUGAUCAAUUUCCAAAAGAAUUCGGCUGCAGAAUUAUUCGGUAUUGAUGAAGUUGUCAGUUACCAAGUUGGUUUUGAAUACAUCAGACAAUUAGCUAUCCAUUUGAGAAAUACGAUGAAUGCUACAACUAAAAAGACCACAAGAUCUGAUCCAGCAGAGGUAUAUAAAAUUAUUUAUAAUUGGCAAUUCUGUCAUUCUCUAGAUUUCUGGUCUCGUGUUUUAUCCUUCUCUUGUAAUCCAGAAAGAGAAAACGGCCGUGAAUCUCCAUUGAGACAAUUGAUUUAUCCCCUAGUUCAAGUUACAAUCGGUGUCACAAGGUUGAUACCAACAGCUCAAUUUUUCCCAUUAAGAUUCUAUUUGAUCAAAUCUUUGAUUAGACUGUCUCAAAAUACCGGUGUUUUCAUCCCAAUAUUCCCAUUAUUAUCUGAAAUUCUGACAUCUACUGCCUUUACUAAGUUCUCUAAAAGAAAAGAAAAUUUGGAAGCAUUCGAUUUCGAUCACAACAUCAAAUGUACACAAGCAUAUUUGGGUACAAAAGUUUAUCAAGAAGGUCUAGUUGAACAGUUUGUUGAUUUGGUAGGCGAGUAUUUUACCCUAUAUUGUAAAAGUGUUUCGUUCCCGGAAUUAGCCACUCCUGUAAUAAUUUCCUUACGUCGUUACAUAAAGACUUCCAAGAAUAUUAAGUUCAAUAAACAAUUAUCAAAUAUUGUUGAGAAAUUGAAUCAAAAUAGUACAUUCAUUCAAACGAAAAGAUCUGAGGUUGAAUUCAGUCCAAGUAACAAUACUGAGGUGAAUAGAUUCUUAAAUGAUCUACCAUGGGAAAAGACUCCUCUAGGUGCAUAUGUUUUCGUUCAAAGAGAGGUUAAAGAAGAAAAGGCUAAACUUUUGAGAGAAAGUUUGGAAGAAGAAGAUAGAGAAAAGGAAGAACAGAAGGCUAGAAACGCUGAAGAAUCUGAAGAUGAAGAUGUCGAGAUGUCAGAUUCUGAAUAG